GCUUUGAGCUUCAUUUUCUGCAGAAAUCUGGAAAAAUGAUUCAAGUUUAAAAGAUUUAUAAAGUAGAUCAUCACUGAGCAGCAUGUUAAACGUGAUCAGAGAGGAUCUGGGCAUGUGUGGCGUUCGUGAGCCCCCCCCCCUCGCCAUAGACCCCAGAAAAGCAGCAGCAGCGCCGCCGCUUCUCACAGCUUCACAGGCGUUCACAGGUGAGAGUCCAAAACUUCUCUCAACAAUCUCUGGACAGGAGGAACAUUUUGGGGGUUUUCGUUCUCCUAGCAGUGGAAGAUGAAGCUGCUGUUGUGGCUCGGCGUCUUCGGCCUCUUCGCCUGCUGCCUCAGCGAGGCCAGAGUCAUCCCAGAAGGAGUGCCGUACGAGCAACCUCCUGCUGACCCCUACUGGCCCUACUCCACCUCCGACUUCUGGAACUACGUGGAGUACUUCAAAUCCAUCGGGGCCUACGAGCAGAUCAACGAGAUGGCCCGGGCCUUCUUCGCCCACCAGCACCUCCGGGACACCCUGGGAUACGACACCAACGAGGGACAUGAGCAUUAAGAUGGUCCAGCAGGAAGGGAAAGGGAAUGACAUGGAAGGGAUACAAGUCAAAUGUUUGUUUUAGUUUACAUUAUAUUUUAUGUAGUUGUGAAAGAUGGGAAAAGCUUUGAUGUAGUUUUUUUUAGAACAUAUUAAUGAGGUGCAGUAAAAUAAUAGGAAUGAAUACAAAUAAAAUUUCAAAUACUUGAA